CAGAGCUCCGCAGCGCCGGGUCCCGCCCCUUCCAGAGGGCCAAGGCGGCGGUCUGCGGAGCACUCUCGCCCGCCGGCCGCUGGCGGCCGGCGAGGUCUGGCCGAUGCCCGGAGCGCCAGGCUCUGACGGGGGACGCUAUUUGCUCAGUUCCUCCUCCAUCUUUCCAGAUCCCAGCCAGUCACAGGACAGCCAUGAGCCUGGUGGCCUGCGAAUGCCUGCCUAACUCAGGCCUGGAGCCUGAGCUCUGCUCACGACCACGGUCUCAGGCCUGUACUUACCUGGAGCAGAUUCGAAGCCGCGUGGCUGCAGGGGCAGUGGACAUGACCAAGUGUGACUACCUGGUGGAUGCCGCCACACAGAUCCGGCUGGCCCUGGAGCGUGAUGUUAGCGAGGACUACGAGGCAGCCUUUAACCAUUACCAGAAUGGCGUGGAUGUGCUGCUCCGUGGUGUGCAUGUUGACCCCAACAAGGAGCGGCGAGAGGCAGUAAAGCUGAAAAUUACCAAGUACCUGCGGCGGGCUGAGGAGAUCUUCAACUGCCACCUGCAGCGGAGGCUGGGUAGCGGGUGCAGCCCUGACACGGGGUUCAGCAGCCUGCGGCUCCGACCCAUCCGCACACUGAGCUCUGCCCUGGAGCAGCUGAGGGGCUGCCGCGUGGUUGGGGUCAUCGACAAGGUGCAGCUGGUCCAGGAUCCAGCAACUGGAGGGACGUUCGUGGUGAAGAGUCUGCCCAGGUGCCACGUAGCGAGCCGGGAGCGGCUGACUGUCAUCCCGCACGGGGUUCCCUACAUGACAAAGCUGCUGCGGUACUUCGUGAGUGAGGACUCCAUCUUCUUGCACCUGGAGCAUGUGCAAGGAGGCACUCUCUGGUCCCACCUGCUCUCUCAGGGACAGUCCCAGCACUCUGGCCUGAGGUCUGGCUCCACUCAGAAGAUGAGAUCCCAGCUCAACACGUGCCUCAGCCUCCUGACCUCAGCACGGCUUCCCCAAUCGUGCAGGACCAUCGUGCAGGACAUAAUCCCACCGGAGCAUCCUCGGACUUCUCAGAGCCUUCCCCCAUCCACCCCAGUUGGGGACACGCUGUCCCGCAGGUCCCAGAGAGAGCCUGAAAGUAAAUCCAUAGCCAGGACCAGCACUUCCUGCUCCUCAGAGCUCCCAAAAGCACCAAGUGGCCCCUUGCACCCACAAGCCAGGCGGGCUGGCCAGAGUGCAGCUCCUGGGCCCCCUUGGGUUCGUGAGGGUGCCAGCCGGGUCCUGGGGGGCUGUGGCCGAGGCAGAGGUCACAGCUAUCCAGCAGUGGACAGGUCCAGCCUGAUAUGUGGCUGGGCUGUCUGGAGUGUGAGGGAGGAGCAGGUGAAGCAGUGGGCGGCUGAGCUGCUGUUGGCACUGGAGGCGCUACACGAGCAGGGGGUGCUAUGCCGGGACCUCAACCCCCGGAACCUGCUCCUGGAUCAGGCAGGUCAUAUCCGUCUCACAUAUUUUGGCCAGUGGUCAGAGGUGGAGCCCCAGUGCUGCAGAGAGGCUAUGGACCAUCUAUACAGUGCCCCAGAGGUGGGUGGGAUUGCUGAGCUGACUGAAGCCUGUGACUGGUGGAGCUUUGGCGCAAUACUGUAUGAACUGCUGACAGGAAUGGCAUUGUCCCAGAGCCACCCCUCAGGAUUCCAGGCCCACACCCAUCUCCAGCUGCCGGAGGGGCUCAGUCACCCAGCAGCCUCACUGCUGACUGAGGUGAGCUACAGCCUGGCCUAGAGGCGACUUCCUGGCCUAUGGGCAGCGGGCUGCUGCAGUUUGAUCCCAUGAGGCGCCUGGGGGCCAGAGGAGGUGGUGUCAGCAAACUCAAGUCCCACCCCUUUUUCAGUACUAUCCCGUGGAGCAGACUGGCAGGGUAAGAGGGGCAGAGCCGGCAAUGGAAAACGUUGGCCUGGCCUGUAUCUCCUCUGUCUCUGCCUAUCACCUGGGCUGGGCCCUCUGCUCAGUGAGCUUCCGGCCAAGGAUGUAGGGCCUUUCCUGCUCAGCUCCGUUUGGGCCUCAGAAGCAGUUAUUGCCAUCGCUCCAGAAGGGCCAUCCACAGAGAAGCUACAAGGGGCAGCAGGGCUCACCCUUCCAUCCAUGUCGACAGACACCUGUUGGGCACACCCAGCACCUUUAACACAGACCUGCCUCGCUCAAGGGUACCGCUUUCCAUCGCAUAGCUCUGAACUGACCGCCUGCUGAGCCUACCUCAAGGUCUUGUGACACUCACUGCCACUUGCGACAUCUCUAGAGACUCAUCUCAGGUCACUGGCUCAGUGGACCCAAACUAGGGCUGUCCUGUCGUGAGAGUGGACUGCUCCCCAGAAGCUGUCUACAGAGUGGGGUGGGUGGGGGUAGGAUGAUGCCUCUCCACUCCUGCUCAGGCUCCUGAUUUGUGAUUUCAGGUUUUGGAGAGCAAAAAGGGGGAGGGGGAAAGACAGGCACAGUUCUGCCACUAAGCCCACAUUUGAAGAAACGAAAAAGCGUCCUCAGCUGGCCCAGCUGUGUCGGGGGCGCCCGUCCCAUGGGUCUGAAAUGGGUGAGGUAGCUAAGGCAGAUCAUGCCCAUCAGGAUUUCCAUCUUAGGAGUUGGUUCUCUUCAGCUUUCUGCAUUUUGGUCAUCAAAUGCUACUCAAUUCACUGCCCACCCUGAUUCCACUCUUAGAAUGAGAAACCACAAAACACGUGGAAUGAUUACUCUUUGUCAGAAGCAAGCUGCUUCUGGUCUCUGAAGAACUGGGGUGAGUACCUCAAAGACAACUCCUCCCAGGUUUGAGGGCUCCUUUCAGGACUCACCUGUCACUGGGCUGUGGCAUCAAGACAAACUUCACUAUAUCUCUGGCCCACCUCCUUCCUACCAGUCUCCAUCACCACCAGGUGGAGCCACUGACGCAGGACAUUCGAGGCUCGAAAGCCAACUCUUGAGCCACACCAACUAAGAGAGGAUGGAAAGCACAGCCUGCAGCCAACUCCCUUUGGUCUGUGUCUUGGCUCUCCCUGGGGCUUGCCCAUCCCUUAAUAAAACCCGCUCUUCCUGUGA